AAUUAACCUGGUGAACUGUGAAGAAGAAAACCCGUCAUUGAUAAGAAGUAAUUGGUUCGUUGUCUAAAUAGUUAACUGUGAUAAUGAUAUGUAUUCGUUUAUAUUUUUCUUUGUAUUCGGGAAAUACUUUUUAACUGGACAAAGUUAGAUUUUAUAUCCACUUGAAACUCGCAAACAGUUUCAAUAAACAGUCCGCAAUUGAUACGGGUCUUAGUGUCCACUUCACACGGGAGCACGUGACCUGAUCUAGGUAAAAUAUUGAUACAUUUUGACGAUAACCUGAAGUUACACUUAAAUGCUGCCUAGUCCUUCCUCUCUGGAUUAAGGUAAGAUCACAUACUAUACUAAAUACUAAAAUAUGGGAUUGUCCCUUUAGUUAACCAUUUUCUUGGUUUAUCUGAUAGCUGUAAGCUUCCCUUUUAAUUAACCGAAUUUUACAAAAAAAACUUCGUAAUCCAGUGCAGGGAAGUAGACUUCCUAGACGAGAACUUCUUGUAAGGUAAAAUCCAGCAGGUUACAUCACCUCUGGGUGAAAUGAAUGCAGCAGACGCUUACGUCUAUUGGGUCCAGCACUGAUGGGUGGACUGCAUAAAUAGCGAGUGGGACGCAGCUAAGGAUGAGACGAGCGGAGCAGCAGCAGCAGCAGAAGCAGAGGAAGUGGGAGGAACAGUUGAUAGUAGCUAGUCACUAACUCUCCGGUUCAGGUCUCUGUGGCGGCAUAAAGAUCUGAAUGAGCAGCGUCUGAACUCUCCACUCUCCGUUCUGCCGUUUUCCUCUCUGACUGUUGCCUCUCCGUGAUCCAAGUUUCCGCGUUAAGCGCACUUCUCUGCUGCAAACAGGUUGCACAACAGUCUCUCCACCGCGCGUCCGCGUCUUCCACCAAGUGAUCCAACAAGAUGAUGAUGAUCAUCGCGGAGUUCUUCAUGGUCAUUUUGAAAGUGCUCUGGGCUUUCGUAACCGCCGGAGCCAAGUGGGUGGUGCGGCCGAAGGAGAAGAGCGUAGCGGGACAGGUGUGCUUGAUCACCGGCGCCGGUAGCGGCCUCGGGCGGCUCUUCGCCAAGGAGUUCGCCCGGAGACGCGCGGUACUUGUGUUGUGGGACAUAAACAACCAGAGCAACGAGGAAACAGCGGAGAUGGUGCGACAGAUUUACCAGGAGCUGGAGACUCCCCUGACAAAAGACGGACCCAUCGGAGGUGUGGAAGAGGUGGCUCCCUUUCAGCCCCAGGUCUACACUUAUGUGUGUGACGUGGGGAAGCGGGAGAGUGUGUAUUCCACGGCCGAGAAGGUGCGACGGGAGGUGGGAGAGGUGGACAUACUCAUCAACAACGCAGGUGUGGUGUCUGGCCAUCACCUCCUGGAGUGUCCCGAUGAGCUGAUCGAGCGCACCAUGGUGGUCAACUGCCAUGCACACUUCUGGACCACCAAGGCGUUUCUCCCCAAGAUGCUGGAGCUGAAUCAUGGCCACAUUGUGACGGUUGCCAGCUCUCUGGGUUUAUUCAGCACAGCUGGAGUGGAGGAUUACUGCGCCAGCAAGUUUGGUGCCAUCGGGUUCCACGAGUCGCUGAGCCACGAGCUGAAAGCCUCUGAGAAGGACGGCAUCAACAUGACUCUGGUGUGUCCUUACCUGGUGGACACUGGGAUGUUCAAAGGAUGCAGGAUAAGGAAAGAGAUCGAGCCUUUCCUGCCCCCCCUGAAGCCAGAGUUCUGCGUCAAACAGGCCAUGAGGGCUAUUCUCACAGACCAGCCCAUGAUCUGCACACCACGCAUCGUCUAUAUGGUCAACUUCAUGAAAAGCAUCCUGCCUUUCGAGGCUAUCGUCUGCAUGUACCGGUUCCUGGGGGCUGACAAGUGCAUGUACCCCUUCCUCGCUCAAAGAAAGGAAGCCAUGAACAACAACGAAGCAAAGAACGGGAUCUAGGCGACACUGAUGAGGGGGUGAAAAAACAAACAGGAUCACAGGGAAGGAGUCAGCACGUGGAAACGACCACUGAGGAUAAAGAUGGGGAAAAAAAGAAGACUGAAUCUAGACUGGUGCACUUGCAUUGAGCAAAUGCAAAGGUUUACCAUAUUGUUCCUCUGGAACAAAGAAAGCUGUGGACUACACAUCGGAUUUAUUUGACUUUGUUUAUGUCUCCUACCAUUUUUUUGUUUAAGUUUGUUUAAAGAAACCAGCAUCUAUAUACUAUGUCACUAGUUUUGAAAUCAUACAGGAAAAGAUACCGAUAAUUAACUAUUUACAUAAUGUAGUCACCAGCCUUAUCUAGUGUCAUUGUGGAGCUAUACAGUAUGUUACUGUACAAAACAGUAAAAAGUUUUUUUAAGUUUUUUUUUUCACUUUAUUUUUGUAGACAUGCACUGUAAUUUCAAUGUUUUUUUUUUCUUUUUUCUACACUGCCAGCAUUAAACACAUCAAGUUCCAAACACCCUAACAUCUCCCAAAACAGAGGCUCUUUCCCCCUUUAGCUCUCAUUAAAAAAAGAAAAAAUAUAUAAUAAAUUCACAAUUUUAUUUUCCUUUUUGUUAAAAUUCUUGUGUUGCAGACUUGUUAUCGUAAAGUCCAGUUCUGACACCUGCAGUGUUACUGUCUAAACAUCGUCCGUUUUCAAGGCCUGUGUUGACAAACCUCUCAGAAUGAAAGUGGAAGUUACCGUUCUGGGCUGAACUUGUAUGUCAUUCAGAAUGUACUGCUUAAGGAGAAACAGAGAGGAAACAAACGUUUCAUUUACAUUUUUUUCCUCAUUUGUCUUUAUUUUUUCCAUGAUUUGUGCUGUUUAUAUUGUAAAUUUGUUACCAAUAUUAUUUGUUAAGAGAAAAAAAAGCUGUCAUUUCAGGUAAACCACUGUCUCCAAGCUGAUGUGUGGUUGAGGGAAAUGUAUAAAAGACACUAACUUUGACCCCGCCCCCUUUUCCCAAAGUAACACUUUAACGCUCCUGUCUGUUUCCCACCGUGUACAGUCGAAGUGAAAUGUAAAUGUUUAAAUGUUAUGAAAACCCCAAGUUGUUUUUUUUUUUUUAAAUUCCACCUUACAUUCCAACGGGCGUCAUUUCUUCAGUCACAGCAAUGAGCCUUAAUUCUCUACCUCUUUGUUUGCCUUUUUUUGACAGUAUGACAUAAGCCUCUUUUUUUUUUUUGGUUUAUAACUUUCUGAAAAAAUGCUCCGUGGCAGAGCAAUGUGGUUCCAAUGUUUAGUGUCUCUACCUAACUUAAAUUAAUAAAGUGAUUUAGAUUAUUA